AUGAAAGGCAAUCGCUUGGUAAGAGUUGAAGUUGAAGUCAAUGGCAAAGGAGCACACCGAUCAGCUGAGAUUGGACAACCUCAUCUCUACUUCACACUGCGAGACAAGCCAGCCAUCUUGGAGAGAACUGCGGACAUCGCCUACCCCGGCCACAUCAAGGAGGAAGAAGGGACUUUCGGUUACUUGAAAGAGCUGCCAGCAUCUUGUAGCGACGCAGAGGAGAAGAUUGAGGUAAAGAAUGCGAAAGCCACGAAGACCAUUGUGAUUCGUGCGGAUGCCACCGAAGAAGCCAAGCAAGAAGCUGAAGAGAAAGCACAACAAGCUUGGGAGGACAGUGGCAGAGUUGCCUCCUGGGGAUGCGAAUGGUUCCACACGUGGAAGAAGCAGGUGGCCGAAGCCGUGAGGCAUGCAGAUUUUAUUCAAACCAUGCUUGCAGAAGUUGGACGUGAAAAGUUCAUGGGCCUAGUGAAAGACUCGCUACCGACAGAAGUGGCAAUAGUGAAGGAUCAGGAGUUUGUAUUCCCAGACGGCAGUCCAUCACUAGCCAUCAGACUUCGCAUCCAGCAUAUCGAGUUGCUGCAAUACAUGCGCAAUUUGGUCUUGAGCAAUGACCUGGAAAUCAAGAUAAACAAAGCUUUGACAAAGUGGCAAGUACGUGUGGACAAGACCUUUUUCUGCAAAGCUUUUGAAGACGAGCUGGUAAAUUUGUCAGAUCUUACUGACCACCAGAAACAGAAGCUUGCAGAUAUCAAGGAUCCCGACCAAGAUUGGGAAUAUUUUCACCAGUUUGCUGAAAAGAGCAUGCGUGAAGCAUUGCACUUGUGUGGCCAGCCCGUGCCUAGGCCGCUCUCAGAGCCUCGGGGUCUGCAGCCGGAUGUGACGGGUGGUUUGGCCAUUGAAAACAUGCAACUGCAAGGGUUGCCAGAUGAGUGGGCUAACAUUUUGAUGUUUGUAUGGGGUCAUCAAGUGCGAUGGCUGUGCUUGGGGAAAGCUGUGCACCCAACGCCGGAGCAUGUCCAGACCUCCAUGCCGCAAGGUGAUGCCUUUGCACCUCUGGCUCUUAUCAUGUUGCUCAUUAGGAUGCCACGACCUGGAGGCUGGCAGAGUUUCAUUUGCGCACGCAUGCGAGAGCUGAACUGGGAAUUUCGCGGUCCAUGGAUGUUUGCACAUGAGGAUUUGGGUCAUGUCGAUUUAUCCAAUCCAGAUGAAGCUGUUGUGAAACUCACCGAGCACAAGGUGAGAGAAAGUUGGCGCCGAGUGCAAUUUGCCCUUUGGAAAAAGCAGAACCGCCGUGAUAGGCAUUAUUUGCUUGAUGUGCCGUAUGAGGAAAGUCGUGUUUCCCAUGCCCGCAAGUUGUUCUCUCUCACGUGUGAUAGUCAUCAGAGGGCCGUAAUGCUUGGUUCUGCGCAUUCCACGGCAUGUUAUGAUAAGAUGCGUGGACACGAAGUGAGGGAACAAUGCGCAGGGAAGACGUUCGUCGCUGCGCAGUGUGCACUGGAUAAGCUCAGGAGCAGUCCAGAUGGUAAAAUCUUGUUCGUGGCGCCUUCCAUUGCCCUUGGCCUCUACUUCGUGCGGUGGCUCGCUCAAAGCUCUUCAAACCGCGGGCAGCUUCACAAGUUGUUGUGGCGCAUUGUGUUGAUGGAACAUCCAUACCAACAUUUUUUGAGCUUGCACGUUGACGGUGACCGCUUGGGUUGGACGACCUUGCCCGACAGCAAGAUGCGAUUUCUCUUGACCAUGAUCGAUGAAGCACAUGAUAUUUUCUGUACAGAUGGGAACCGCACUUUUCUGGAAGAGAAGAUUGAGGCACCACGACAAGUGCUGUUCUUGUCGAGUGUAUCCCAAAACUCAUCUGGUGCAGUGCAUUUUCCACCAGCAGCGAAGGAGAUCAGCCUAACACAAGUGGUGCGCAGUACGAAAAGGAUAGUGGCUGGUGCAGCUGCUUUUCAAGCAAGCGUUGCAGAGAAAGAGCAGAUUGCUUCCUUAUGCCCAGCUGGGCCUCCCCUGAAGGCUUUCCUCUUCGAGUCUGAUGCACAUGUCUUUGAAGAUUAUGCCAAACAUACUGUGUCUGCAUUGUUUCAUGUGAUGCGCAUAUAUGCUGGACUCAGUUUGCACAAGCGCCUGGCCCUUUUAGUUCCCAACCCUCACUUUCUGGAGAGGUUCCGAGAUGCGUUGCAAAGACACUUCUUGACGGCACGCCUUGCAGGGCGAAACUUCAAGCUAAUAUCCUUCACUGAUUCUCUACGCAUCUUGCCAAAUAUCAAGGUGGAGCAGGCCACACAUGCAGACAAUGCAGAGCUGAUAGUGCUGGACACGGUGGAGAAUGCAAAGGGACUGGAGUCACUCAUCGUGGUGUGCAUUGGUCUUGAUCAAAGAGUUGCUGACCAAAGUGCAAAUCAGGUUGGACGUUCCAUUAUUUAUCAGGCUAUCACUCGGGCGCAGCUUCAGGCAGUGAUUGUGAACCAGCUCCUCCGAGGAGGUUGGCUGGAAUUCUUGGGGGUCACGAAAUUCAAAAGUGAUACCUUCAAUGAAUCCACAGCUAUGGCCGAGACCACCACUGCUGCUGCUGAAGCCUUGACGAAAGUGCAGCUGCCAUGGAAGUUGGCCGUUCAGGCCUCGCAGGAAAAUUCAUUGCCAAGAGAGGAUGCCAGGGUCCAAAGAGAUGCUGAAGAGACGGGUGCUGUGCCACCUUCAAAGCCAAUGUCGGAAGAUCAAGACGCCACAACUGCACCUCAGGCAGGUGACAAGCCCGGUGACAAGUUGGUCGUGGAGAUCAAGGAUUCAUCUGUGUGGGACGCCGAUGUCAUUGACAUCAAGGAGCCGAUCUCACAGCUGCAGUUUGACCCUCGAUCACCCACGGGAAAAGCGGAAGAGGUAGCAUCCUUGGAGGUGCGGAAGUAUCGGCUGAAGAAGUCCGAGAAGCCCGAGAAGCCCAAGAAGCUGCCGAUGCAGAGGAAGCUGCAAGAUGUCAGGGUCUUGGAGAGGUUCAUCAGGAUCUUACAGGAUCUUGGGAUAUCUUGGGGUCUUACUGUAGAGGUUGAGAUCUUGCAGAUCAUCGCUUUGAGAUGCGAGAUAUGA